GGCGCCCGUCGAGAGUGGGAGGGGAAACCCCGUGCGAGGGGCGCCGCCAUCUUGGCUGCGGGGGUGAUGGGGGCGCAGCGGAGCCGCGUCUGAGGCAGCGGAGCGAGCCCGGAGCGAGCCGAGCCACGCCACAGCGCCCGCGGGGCACCGGGCACCGCCCGCACAGCCGCGCUGCACAGCUCCCCGAGCCCCCAGCACAGUGCCACAAUGGCAACUGCACCUUACAACUAUUCCUACAUCUUUAAGUACAUCAUAAUUGGGGACAUGGGUGUAGGAAAGUCCUGUUUGCUUCAUCAAUUCACAGAAAAGAAGUUUAUGGCAGACUGUCCCCACACAAUUGGUGUUGAAUUUGGCACAAGAAUAAUCGAAGUUAGUGGCCAAAAAAUUAAACUACAGAUUUGGGAUACAGCAGGACAAGAGAGAUUCAGGGCUGUCACACGAAGCUACUACAGAGGAGCAGCAGGAGCUCUCAUGGUCUACGACAUCACCAGAAGAAGUACGUAUAAUCACUUAAGCAGCUGGCUGACAGAUGCAAGGAACCUCACCAAUCCAAAUACUGUGAUAAUCCUCAUAGGAAACAAAGCAGACCUGGAAGCACAGAGGGAUGUUACAUAUGAAGAAGCCAAACAAUUUGCUGAAGAAAAUGGUUUAUUGUUCCUUGAAGCAAGUGCAAAAACUGGAGAGAACGUGGAGGACGCCUUCCUGGAGGCUGCCAAGAAAAUCUACCAGAACAUCCAAGACGGGAGCCUGGACCUGAACGCGGCCGAGUCGGGCGUGCAGCACAAACCGUCAGCCCCGCAGGGCGGGCGGCUAACGAGCGAACCCCAGCCCCAGAGAGAAGGCUGUGGCUGCUAGUGACCCCUCCCUGGCUCCUCCUCACCUGACCCCUCACCUCUGGCUCUAGGGAGUGGUGCUUUUGACCGCUUCCCCAUCUUCUGUACAUCUUACUGGGUUUAAUUAAAACUCUGAGACAAGUUUAACACAGUACUAAACUGCUAAACAACUUUAGAUGUAAUCAGGUUAUCAAAGGCAAGUAGAGUAAUAAAACCUCUCCUGCAUGGUAAAUCUA